GAAAAAGCGAUCCUCGGGAGAUAAGACCCUUAUGACAUGGUUCCACCUGACGGGAGAAGCUUCUCAUCUCGGAGACAAGACUCUAAAUGCAUUUGGAGAUGCUCUAACUCCGGAGUAAGUAUUGUAACUUAAUCCCUCCUCGUCCCGCACUGGAAAUGCCACUCACUCUCCCCCGGCCGGAACGAACUACCCUCGCAAUACAACGGCAGCCGUCAACAGUCCCCUCAGCUUCAUCGCCUACCAGCACUUCCUUCCCCUUCCAGAAACGUAUAGUUUCGGCAGGUCAUUCCGCUCACGCUCGUCAUAGUGCGUACGGACAUAGCCCACACCCCACACCCCGUACCCCGCAGCCGGGCAUGUCACUCGUACGCCGGCACGCGAGGACAUGGCUUCGUGCAAGCUUUGGUGCACGCACUGGUCCGUUCACGGGGCACGCACCACCUGAGCCUAGAGCAGCUAGACUCUGCUUUCCUCCGGGGUGGCUCUCGUAUAGCUUGAAUGGCAUAUUUCUGAGCCUUCAGGAUCACACCUGGUACGGCUGUGGAUGGUAUAUUGCUGGACGGGGCACGUAUCUUCGCUAUGUCAGUUUAUCCAGGGGAGGGGACUGCUCUUUCGGUUUGAUGCGGCUAUAGAAAGUCCGUUGCAAUGAUAUAUGAGUGAGUCACUCUUGUGUUUAGCUGUGUUCUAUGUAGCCCACGACCGGGAUCAGAGUACACGAAAAG